AUGUUCGGUUAUGACAAAUCGCAACCAAAUUCACCAAAACAAGAUGAAGAAAACUUUGAAGUAACCAAAUCUCAAACGAAUACACAAGAAAGUCAAACGAAAUCUCCAAUAAACCAUAAAAGUGACCAACAGUUUAGUUACAAUCUAUCACCAAAAUUGGGCACGAAGAUAAAAUUUUCAGAUGUACAUAAAAUAUUAAUACAACGAGCAAGAAAUGAAUAUCAGCACAUCCAGCAUCAAAGUAAGAAACAUCUGGUUGAACAUUAUACAAAUGAGCAAACGGAUCUGAUAAACAUUUUUGAGGUUUAUCUUUUGACUAUUUAUCACAUUUACCGAAGGAAUCAAAGGAGAUUUAUUGAUGAGGAAAAUCUUAGAGACAAUUUCGAAACAAUUAUAUUAUCAAACCCAAGUAUUUAUGGGGAUGCAUUGUUGUAUAAGAAUGAUAAUUAUAAGCCAGACAAUUUGCUCCCCACUAACAACACAACGAAACCAACCAAUAAAUACACCAAAAUCAAACAACCAGACAACAUUGCAGAGAUGCUGAACAUAAAAAUAGGACUGAAUGAUAACACCUUUAAUUCUCACAAUCGUAUGCAUAUACUGACUACAUUAAUGAAAGAAUAUAAUGCAUACUGCUUGUCAGGUUUAUCUAAGCAAUCGAAAGUAUCACUUUGCAAACUGGCAUGUUUAUUCAAUCCAUUCGGUGAUAACUGUAUAGACAAAGGAACAUCACAAGAUGCAGAAUUGGGAUCGGUGGAUUAUGAACGAAACGCCAAUAACAUGAAUUCCCCCAAACUACAAUCAAUAGAAGAAAAUGAGGCGGCAGACAGUUCUACUGUCGGGCAGUUGGUACCAGAUCAGUUUUCGCCAGCAAAAGUUGAUGGUGUACAAGAGGACAUGCAUAUUGCAAAUACAGACUGUAGUGUAAAUUCAGGCGUUAAACGAAAGCUGAAAACCAAUCGAUUAACGGGAUUGAGCGAAAAUUUUAUCCUGGAAAUUCUUUUCGCUCUUUAUCCAAUCCUAUUUACUGAACAAUCAACUUUAGCUUUAGAGGCACUCAAAUCGAUUGAAGCCAGAGCAACCUACGAAUUAUGGACACGUAUUUUACUACUUAUCAGUUCGAUGGAACAGGAUUAUCAGCGAUCAAAAUUGUCUGCUUCAAAAUCAAUCAGAGUUCAUAAACGAACGGCAGACCUAAAUGAACUCAGUGAAGCUUCUUUUACUGACAGCUUAGUCGAUGAAAGUAAAAUGGAUUCUGAACAAUUAAGUUUAGCCAGUGCCUAUUGUGGUCUCUGGUCUGGACUACUUGGGAAAAAGUCUGAUUUACAACAAGAUGAUUCUCUCCAGGAUCUUCCUGAGUUUCAGGACUUAUCAGGCAAGCGUCUGCAUUAUGUUCGACUAGCUCAAGCAAAAUUUAAACGACCUGUGGUUACAAACUCAAAUUUCAAGAUCGUAAAAUUACCAGAUGACAUAACACCUGUACCACCGAUUGAAACUAAUUUCUCAAAACAUAGUAUACAAAAAGAUGCCAUUUUACAACCUGAAACUAAAUACUCAUCUAAUAAGUGGAAUGGUUCUUUGGAUGACUUAGUCGUUUCUAGUGAAUCAGUGGCACCUUCUCUUUUGUUCAGCCGAGAAUGGUUCAAGAAAACUUUAUGGAAAGAUAGACAGCCAGAAAAGUGA